AAACAGUACGAGCUGUCAAAAGCCUCCCGCAAUGCCGACGUAAUUUUUUGACUGGAUCAAUUUCUGCUUUUCCAAUUGGAUUUGAAGAAAUGAAUUUUUUAUAAUCUAUUAAACGCUACUAUUGCUCAUAAAUCUGUACAAUGGCCUAUGUGAGUGUCCCCGAAUGGACACCACAUCAAGUAACUGAAUGGCUCAAAGGUCUUGAUACUGUGAUACUUAGUUAUUCGCACAAUUUUCUCAACAAUAAUGUUGGAGGCCAAAAACUUUUAGAUAUCUGCGCGUCGGAUUUGGAAAAUUUAGGAAUCAACAAAGUUGGGCACCAGGAAAUAAUUCUUGAAGCCAUCUCUUUGCUCAGGAAUUUUCACUAUGACUUGGACCGAGAAAACAUGCAACUGCUGGCAGUUCGACUGUCCUGUUCUGCACACAGUCUUGAACAGACAAUAAAAGCGGACCUGAAGGAAAACCCUCGCGGUUCUCAAAGGGUCCGGACGCAAAUCAUGGCCGACGUGACAGGAGUGACGGCCACCAUCAAGGCUCUGGUGCUGUGGAUCGACCGACAGCCCUUUGCGAGCAACGAGAAGUACCAGGAGAUCAGGGCCAUCAUUCUCUCUCUUGGCCUCAGCAUCGCUACGUGCACUCAGAGAGACAGAUUUGCAGAAAACCCUGUGGAGGAAAUCAUGCAAAAGUGUGCACAAUUGACCAAGCUCGCCAACGAAAUUAUCGAAAACUCAAAGGACCCCAUGGUACUGCAACCGGCCAGUUUGGACAUUGCCACCAUCAGGAGCAGACAAGGCGACGACUUGGGUUUCACCCUUGCCAGAUCGUGGCAUGGUGCUCACCAGGUGGUUGAGGUCAACCCUCAAAGCACUCCGCACCAUCAGAGUGGCAGGAUCGAACUCGGCGACGAAGUUGUCCAAAUCAAUUACCAGACUGUGGUUGGUUGGCGUUUGAAGUCCCUGCUACUCCUGUUUAAACAAGAAUCCAAAGCUCAAAUCUUUCUAACCCUGAAGAAACGCCCUCAGCACUCAACAAUCUAUGGGCAGGUCUACAUAAAACCCUAUCGUCUGCCCAGCAAAAAUAGGGCUGCGGCUCUGGCUCAGUGGCAGGACAGCAGUUUGCCAUCACCAAGACCUGAAUUCCUUGCCAUUCCUCAUUUUGAACUCCCCAGAUUGAGGAGUGAAAAAACUGAAGAUACCCGGUUUCUUGAGAGCAGCAGCUCCGAAAGUGAGAACGAGGCGCCGUACAUCAGAGCCCAGCCAGGCCGAAGCUCGAACAUCCAUGCCGGGUCUGUUCUGAGCCUGAUGCUUCCCAGGAACAAAAUUCAGAGAAGGGCAACAGUCUCUGGCUACAGCUCUACAUACAAACAUGUGCCAGUUGGAAUUGAACUUUUCAGAGCGCAGAUCCAAAGGGAAAUGCAGAGAAGGGGGCUGCAGUGCCCAGCGAAAAGCAAUGAAGAUGCCGCCAGCAUAAGGUGCCAUGGAGGUAGCACUGUGUCGCUGGCUGUACGACCAAGCACUUUCCUUGGCACUGUUGGAAACCAGUGCCUUGAUCAAAAAUAAUUAAAAAAUAUAUAUUUUGAUCAGACUGAACAAGUCUUCCAAGGCUCAAAUAAAAAGUGAAAUGGGCAUUUUAAAAUUCUAGAUUGAUUUAUUUAAAUGAAAGAUAUAAAUAUUUGCUUAAAUCUGCAUUUCAUGAUUGAAAAAGAAAAUCAAUAAAAAAUUA